UCCCAUUCAUGUUUGAGUGUAUAUCACUUCAUCGCGGUGCAGACGACACUCGCAGGUCAACCGGGUUUGUUUACAGUUUGAAGGCAGAGGUUGUGGUGAGUGGUCGUGCGCUUGCGUUGUCGCGUCGUUGUUCGGUUCGCACGUCUCCAUGGUGAUGUUGUAACUUCAUGACAACCCCCAGUUAAAAAGAAAAGCAGACAUUUGGGUAUUCGUAUGCAGUUAAAGUGAACAUUUUUAUUGACUGAAAUUUUUGGUUUCCUAUUAAUUAAAGAAAAUCACCAGAAAGCUGUAGGUCGAAUACCGAGAUUGUGUAUGCCUGUUUCAAGUUGAAAUUGUUGUAGUGGUCAUACAAAAUAUUGUAUCUAUGUACUACUGUUAUACAACUUGUUGGACUUAUUAAAAACAAGAUCAUUUUUUAAUGUGCCAGUGAAUAAUGGUUUAACGUAAUCUUUAUCAUUUCGUUACGGGACGUUGAACAUUUUAAGAAUUGACGAUGGUGGUUACUGGUGAGAAUGAUCAACCUCUGGUUGAGGAGGAGGGCGCACACGCCAUUGUGACUCCAUCGAAAAGCACUCCUCCACCGGAAUAUGCACCGCCCGAGUAUACAGAGCCCCUCCCCAAUGCUGAAGCUGAAACUGAAGCUUCAGCAGUUGAAAAUGGGCACAUCCAGAUGAUGGAAGCAGAGGAACCCACUCUGGCCGAGAAGGUGGCGAUGCAGAACUAUGACGUUCCCGCCCACGUGCUCGCGUUUGUACCCCCCGACGGAGGAUGCCGCGCGUGGCUUGUCAUGAUUGCCUCUUUUGCAUGUAAUGGCAUCAUUUUUGGUACUAUCAACUCCAGUGGCCUUCUCUUUGAGAAGCUUCUUCAGAAACUGAAGGACGAUGGUGUGGAGAAUGCAGCUUUCAAGGCAUCGAUAGUGACGUCAUUAGCGAUCGGGUCGACGUUCUUCUUGUCGACUGUGGCAGGAAUCCUGACCGACAUUUUGGGCAUCCGCCUGACCACCUUCAUCGGCGGAGCUUUGGCCACUGCGGGGAUGUUCAUCUCCUCGUUCUUCUGCGACCAGGUGGAGGUCCUCAUGAUAACAUACGGACUGAUGUUUGGUGCCGGGGCAUCGUUUGCCUACACUCCAUCUCUGGUGAUCCUUGGGCAUUACUUCCAGCGAUGGAUGGGGCUGGUGAAUGGGUUCGUGACGGCGGGGUCCUCCAUAUUCACCAUAGCGUUGCCCUUCAUUCUUCCGUAUGUUCUGGAAACUGGGCUCCAGUUGACAUUCCAGGUGUUGGCAGGUCUCAAUGCAUUCUUGAUGGUUGCUGCAUUGGUGUUUAAACCACUAAUGCCAAUGUUGCCGCCGAACAGACCUCAGUAUGACAAUUCGUGCCAAGGACGUUGCAAGAGUUUCUGGUCAAGAAUCAUCAACUUUGAAAUAUGGAAAAAUAAGCGCUACGUCAUUUGGACUUUUGCCAUUCCUUCUGCGCUGUUUGGCUACUUUGUUCCCUAUGUUCACCUGGUUAAAUAUGUGAAACUUGUACUUGGUCCAGAUACAGAUUCGCAGAUUCUAGUGAUGUGUAUCGGUGCUACGUCUGGAUUAGGGAGGAUAAUAUUUGGCUUCAUAGCUGAUCGACCUUGGGUCAACCGGAUUAUCUUACAACAGGUAUCCUUUAUCUGUAUUGGCACAUUGACAAUGUUGCUGACUGCGUGCAAUGCCAUGCCUUUCUUCAUCAUCAUUGCCCUGGGUAUGGGCCUGUUUGAUGGAUGUUUCAUCUCACUGUUGGGACCAAUUGCCUUCGAUAUUGUAGGUGCUGCCAGUGCGUCACAGGCAAUUGGUUGUUUACUAACAAUGUGCUCAAUUCCCCUCACUACAGGGCCAGCUAUUGCAGGAGCUUUGUAUGAUCACUUGGACAGUUACCUAAUACCAUUCCUCUGUGCUGGCAUUCCUCCAAUUGUUGGUUCCUUGGUUCUGUUCUCUGUCAGCUGUGUGAAACAGCCACCUCCAGGAGCACCUGGAUCUCCAGUGAGAGAACCGCCAGAGAAGCAGAACAAUGCAACUGCGGUCGACGAACCAAAAGAGACCCACACGUUAAUGUCAGCUGGCAAACCAAAGAAGUCUCGGAGGGGAUUUAAAAUGUCGUCUCAGCCAAAAGAUUACCGCAUCAGCAAUGGUGACGUGAAAGAGCCCCGUCCCUUGUCAUCCUGCGGUUCAGACGACGCCGUUAAAGUUGAUGUUAGAAGAUUAGCAACACUUCAGAGAGAGAGUUGUGUAUAGCUACAUACAAGCAUUUAGGCUAAAUAUUUUCUCACUGCAAUCACAGUUUUAAUAUAAAUACAUAGCUAUUUAUUAUGCCUUAAACUUUCCACAAUGUACCAAAAGUAUAUUCAUUAAGAAUGAUGGGUUGUUCUUUGUUUGAACUGUAUUAUCACCCCCAAACGCUUUUGAACAUUUGGGAUACAUUAAGGGAUCAUUAUUACUCUGUAUAUGCUGUAUAUCAGAGGAUCUCGUUUUAAGAAACUUCCUUAAUGCUUAAAGGGAGCUUCAGGAAUCAGGAAAACUAGUACUGCAAUGUGUAGUUUUUAAAAUAAAACUUUUGAUUCUCAAAAUAUUUCCCAUAAAUACCAAAUUAAACAGUAAUGGUGUAUUGCAGUAUCCCCUUCGUUUUGACAAAGAAUGACCCAUUGUGCUGCCAGCAUUGCAAGGAAUUCCAUGAAAGAUUAUCUUGACUGAGAAAUCUGAAAACAUCGUAGAAUUAUUUCUUGUUUGAAAGGUUAAAUAUUUACUAUUUACUUUUUAAUAAACUGUUUUGUUUAUUUUAUACUGCGUUAGUUUUAUAACAUGCAGGUCUUCAAUAUUGGCUACACAGGCAAUCCCCGGGUUGCGCCAAAGUUGGCUUACGCCGUUCCGAGUUUAUGAAGCCCAUCCGAUGGAAUAAAUAUGGCUCCAAAUUGGCAAAAUGGUCAAAAUUUGGAGGUUUUUGAUGAAAAACUAUAAAAAUACAGAUUAUGUCGUUUUCAAGACACCCAAAGGAUUAAAAGUGAGGUUUUCUUAAAAUUUCCAGCAAGGUUUUCAGUUUUCGCUGAAGCCCUGUAACGGAAACCCUAUUGUAAACCGGGGACUGCCUGUACUUGUAUAAGUCAGUGGAACAUGAAAAAGAUUGAAACCUAAUAGUGGCUUUAGGAUGAGCCCUCUGUAUAAAAGUAAUUUAUACAUACUUUUAAUUUGGUUUUUGUAAGGUUGUUUAUAUCCUUUACAUGUUUUAUUAAGAGUAAAUUGAUCAUUAUUUCACAAGGCAUAACAGAUAAGAUUGUAUCCACAAUGCAAAUCUACUUUUGAACACCUUGGGUGAACUAUUCUCAAUACACUUAUAUUUUGUCAGAUCCCUACCAGUGACAAAGACAUUUGUCAGCCUCCUCUUAAGCCAAACAUUCUGGAUUCAUGUGGCUGUGAGUUUUUCAUAUUUUCUUUUGUGACUUUCCUUGUGUCUUCCAGAUUCUGGAUGUUUUUGUUUUUGUAGUUUUUCACAAGAAACUGGAUGAAGUUUGUUUUGAAAAUUCAGCUGAUUCUCUGGGUUUACAAAACUUAGGUGGGUGCUAGACUUACAGUGAGCUGUGUAGUGAAAAUGGUAAAUUUUCAAGCUAAUUUGCAUUUCUCGUAGGUAUACAAAUAAUGGAUAUCAUUCAUGCAAGCAGGACCUUUUGUUAAAGCUUGGAGAUACUUUUUCAGUCUCAUGCUGGGUUGCAGGUGAUCAUGCACACAUGCCUCUGCAUACCUUCAGUUAACAUACCUUCAACCAGGAUAAUGUGUAGAUGUACUUAUACUUACGCUGUCCACCAUAACUGUUGUUGAGAUCUUUGCCCUUAAGAUGGAGACAUGAGAUGGGGUAGAGCAGUAGCUUGUGGAUGCUGAAAGGAGCUUGUCUUGGCAGAGGUAAACUAAACACUCCUUGAUUUGCUAAAGUAGACCUGAUUAGAUAUCUGGUAUCAGGCAAUAAGGAGAAGACUGGCCCCCCCCUCACUUCUACACACAGAAUGGGCAGUUUGAUCUUUAGCUGGUUUGCUUACAACUUUUGCUGUGGAAGGGAUAUGGGCAGAUGCUGUAUCAGGACGGGUAUGGGACAGAGCAGGCUCAGAAAGGAGAGGAGACAGUGCUGGUAUCUAUUCCACAUAAGACGUUAAUAGUGCUUGUAUAUAUUCCUGAGAAGAUACUGACAAUGCUUUCUUUCUUCACCCUCUCCCUUUUUGAGCUGUAUCUCUCCCACUGGGAAGGACUUGGAAAACACUUCUGGCUGCUGCAUGACAAACAUAAAGAUUGAGGGUCAGUGGUGGGCAUAAACAUGAGAUGUAAACACACAUUAUCACAACCUGGACGUCUGUGUACGCUGAUCACUCUUACUUGGAAAAAAAAGAAGUAUUCUAAACACAAACAACAAGCGUUGGCAAAACAAGCCCCCAAUCGUAAACCAAGUAAGACAAAAAAAAUAUUAGAUGAAAUGUUUCAACAAUGGCAAUGGCGAUGAAUGUGAGAAAAUGCACCUUCAUAGUAUGCUGGUCAAACAAAAUGAAAGAAUGUAUGCACCCAGUUACAUUCAGAGCCCAAUUUGACCCCAAGCAUUGUGCAUUCUUCAGAGGACAUGUUAUAUUGCUAUGUUAUAUCACUCGUGCUCAGAUUCUCAGUCAGGUAUAGUUUAUAUCUGUGAUUAUCCUUUCUAAUCAUUUAGAAAAUUAGCAUAUUUAAGAAAUCCUAUGAUGAUAAUCUUAGCCCUAGAAGCCUAAAAUGUUGCUUGGAUGAAUAUUUGUGCUUUUGUUUCUGUUGUAGCUUUUGCGAGUUUUUUUACAUGAGUGUACAUUACCUUAGCCAGUAGGUUAAUGUUAUCCCUUCCUUUAUGAGCUUUACAAAUGAGCAAAUAUAUUGUAUGAAUAUAAACAAAUACACUGUUCAUAUGUGCAUGAAAUUUUUUGAAAGUGAAUUACAGCUCCAUUGACAAGAUGGAAUGACUUUGAUCCCCUACUCUACAAAGUCAAUGAAUUUGUACUGGCUGUGACAUCAGUGAGUUACGUACCUACUGGAAAAUCAAUGACACGACGUAAACUUUUUCUUCCAUUUCCAAUACUUUGUUUCUCGAGAAUUUUUAUAAGUAAAUUUAAUACCUAUGCUUAUGCAUGCUAUACAAUAAAUAGUUUUGGUUCUGUACCUUUCAGUUUUUUGUAUUCAGUACAAAAGUUGAACUCUAACAUGCCUGAAGCUCAUGACCCAAAAUAUUCAUCAAUUAUUUGACCUAUGUAACUAAGUUAUAAUUAAACUGAUUUAACCUGUCAUGAAUGAGAAGUAAUUGUGUGUGGCACACAGUAGCUGAGUAUGGCCCAUUUCAACAUGCAAAAGACAGUUUAUUUACUUAAUAAAAAAUUUAGAUUUCAUAUAUACUGAUUAAUGGAUGACAUUUCAGUAUUCUGCAGUGUUUUUGAAGAUUUAUUUCAUAUAUGGCAUUGUUUGUAGAACAUCUACAUAAGUUUUUUAAUUUUAAGAGCUUUACAGAAAUCUGUGUAGUAAAGUCUGCUGCGAUUCAUGGCACAGGUAUGAUAAUUUAUCUACCAAUUUAUCUCUAUUUACAAUGUGCAAAUGUAUCUAUUGGUAACCCACAAACAUUUGCACUCCUUGGAUUUCACAUAGAAGACACUAACAGUUCUGCAUUAUUCUCAAUUUUACCAAUUUUACCUCGAAUAAGUUUGGAAUUGGAAGGAAUUGUUCACAUUGUAUAUAUUACCAUUUUGUUUUAACACUUUGCUGGUUAACUGUUUAGUUUUCCAUAGGAUUAGUAUUAAAUCAUGAAAAAUUAUAAAUUUACAUGGAAAUGACAGGAUAUCUGAAUUUGCUCAGUUGUGGCUGGCUGUUAAUUGGUAAUCCUCAUGCACAAAGUUGAGCCUAAGCUAGUUGUGUACUGUAAAUUCCAGUAUAUGGAGUGGUUUGUAUGUCGUAGCUCGAAUGAGGCACAAAUCGCCUUUGAAACAAAUCUAAAAUUGGCUCCAUAUUCUUGUCUGUUGUCAAAAGAAUUUUUAUUUUCAUUGUGUAAUUUACAGCAGUUUUGUUACAUUUUAUCAUACUGAAACACAUUUUAACAUUACAGGUGUCAAAACCCUUUGAACAGAUUGUGCAACCCUAAUGUAGAUGUUAGAAAAGAAGAAAAAACUGUUACAAUGCUUGAAAGAAACUACUGUAGAGUGUAAAAAAAAAAUGGGCUUCAAAAGAUCAGUCUAGACUUCUUUUUAAUGGCAUAGAUAAUUUUUUUGUAUAGAUGUAUUUUUACAAUUUUGUUGGUGUUCCAGAUAUUUUUGCUUUUAAAUUUUAUUGCUAACAUUAUUCAAGUGCUCAAGAUCACUAUUUUCCUUUUUUCUUUUUUUUUCUUUUUGUUACUACAGUAUAUUUUACUGCUAAGAUGAUUUCAGUCUGUGCCCCUAAAUGUCAGUUUCCUUAUGUAAUUGAAGGAAAAUAUUAAACUUUUAAAACAAAUUUAUAUAUUUUGUGAAGUAUUCUAUGUAUAUACAUAGCAACAUCCCAGCUCAUUAUUUUUUACACAUUUGUCUCACAGCGGAGGAUUUUUCCUCAUGAGGUACAAGUUUGAUCAAAUUCUCCUAUACUGUACAAGCAGUGUUUUGUUUUUUGCUAGCCCUCAGUUUAUAUUUUAUAUUCAUAAUUUUAGCUGGGUGUCUUUAGUAUUGAACUUUCCAUGUUGAAUCUUUAAAAUUGUGUUGUUGUGAAUUCUAAGUUGUAUCCAUGUCUUGCAGAAACUUUCAGUCAAAUUUUAUUCUGCCGUUGCUGUCUCGUGCCGUAGUUUGGUAUUUUAUUUAAUAGAAUCACUCUCACUGCGAGCAGCUUUCGAAGCAGUAAUAUAUACAAAGCACUUUUCAUCUUAGAAUCUAGAACCUUUUUAUGGCUGUGGUUUUUGUCACUUUCCAGAUUUUUCUCUGUAUCAGUCAUUAGAUUCUUGAGGUUUGCUUUUCUAAAGUAGUCUACCAUUUUCCAUAUAAUUUCUUCAGAUAUAAAAUGCAGAAGCUAUAUACUUUCAUGAAAAUUUUGCUGUUAUAUAUAUCACUGUACUUUAUUAUUACAAGGAAAUAAUAAAUGUUGUAUUUUCUUUUGGACAGAUUUUCUUUGUACUAUUAUACAGUAUAUAGUGCCAUACCGUAAUUUAAUGUUGAAAUCUUUAUCUUACCAAACAUUAAAUUGCCAACACAUACGUCACAUCUUUUUUAACAAAUAAUUAUGUUUUUAUUGCUAUUUACUCAAAAGAUUUGUUCAUUAGAUUGUAUUUGAACAAUAGGCAAGUACAUACGUAUAUGCCUUGUUAAUCAACUUGGACUUCACAUGUUUGUAAGUUUAAUUGGUGCUUGCAAUGAAGAGGUCUCUUUAUGAUCUAGGUAAUUGGCAACUCCAGGGAGGCAUGGCACGUUGAAGAAAUGUGAAUUUUAUGUCUCAAGUGAUCUAAAAUAAGAUCGUCAUAUGUCUCAGAGGUAAAGUUUAAUCCCAUAAGAAAACAAACUUGCAUUUGAUACAAUAGUGAUGCAGGCAAAACAGUGACCUGUGUUAUCUAUGUGUCAGUCAAAAUUUUGUGAGCAAAAAGCUGCCUGUGUUUCAUCUUUAGAAGAAUUGGUGCUCGAACAGAUGCUUUGGUGAAGCAAUAUGAAGUUGCUCCUUCUUUGACUAGGCUACUUGGGAGUUUAUCUGCUAGAACUGUUUUAGUAAGGAACUUGUUGCAGCCACAUGGAAAUUACUGUCUACAUUCAGAAUCUAACCGUUACAUCCAGAAAGCAUUUUAUAAAAAAGAAAAUUAAGACUUUAUUAUGAGCUGUCUGUUGUACAAAGUUUUUUCUAAAUCUAGCUACUCUAGUGUACAGUCAAGAAUUGUUCACCUUGUAAACUGUAAAAUAGUUUCCAAUUUGUGCUCACCUAUUAUAAAUACUUUUGUAAAUAUUGUAUUCAAAAUGUUUUUGUGGUUUGAACUUUUUAAUUCAGGUACUUUGUAAAAGUAGUUUUGAAUAAGCAAAGUUCAGCAUAUCUUCCAUUAGAAAGACUCAACAGAAUUAUGUAAUACAGCGGUAAAAAGACCAUUUGCAAACGAUAUGUUGCUGUGAAAUCUGAAAAAUAAAGCAUAAAUUUUCUUAUGUUUCUGUCUGUUAUUAAAAACUGAAGAUUGAUAAAGCAGCUAUGUUUAGAAAGAGCUAUGUUUUUGGAAUAUGCUGUAGUAGUUGUAAAUCAGGUGAUUUAUAACUAUAGCACUUUAUGCUGCUGACUUUGUUAUUUUCACAUUAGAUUUUUUAAUGUAUCUUUUUCAUAUGUCCCUUGGAUAUGCCUAUUUUGGUGCAUCUUUCAUUUGAGAUUAUUUUUUAUAUUUCGUGUAUUAAGUUUGUUGCUUGAUAAUAAAUAUUUAUUUACUUC